AUUUAAGGCGCCCAUUGUACACAGUGACGAUAAAAGCUUUGAAAGCUACCAGUAACAGCUUUCAUUUCAUUUUGGUAUAAAGCUUAACUACCACGCGUAAUUCAGACGUAUUAUUUGCGCUGGGUUUUGAGGUGUAGGCAAGACCAAGGGGGUUAGUUUUCAUCCAAAUCAUUAGAUUUACGUUGAACAAACAAAAUUAAAAACCAUUUCAAACAAAUAAACAACAAAUCUAUAAAAUACGCAGGACUCUAAGCUCCGGUUUUCUAUUCGUAUUGUAUACAAAUGCAUAAAUAUUACGAUUUAUCCUUGUUUCGUGUACUUUAUUUAUACGGUUUAGUGAAAAUGUGAACAUACAUAUGUACAUGCACAUAUGUUAGUGAACGUGCUUACAGUCAAGUCCGAACAUACAAAAAUCUUUUGUUGCGGUUUUGUGAGAAGAUUUGUGCAAGGCAGCAGCUUUGACAAUCGGGGUUAUCACUACUUCUGAACUCAGCUUUGUAUGUGUGCAGUACAAUACAUAUGAAUUUAUAAGCAUACCUACAUACAUAUUGCUUUUCUGUUUAUUAAUUUCUGGCGAGUUGUUAUUAAAGUGUGCAUAUGUAUACACAAAAUAUGUAUGUACGUACGUUCGAAUGUAUACAAACUUUAAAGCUUGAAUUGAUUUAUUUCGUCUCGGCCACAACUUUAAAGCAGACUACAUAUUUACAAACUUCAGUGUUUACUUACCUGUGUGAAAAUGUACUCAAUAUAAUAUAAUGAUAAUGAUAUCAAUAUAAAUAUAAGCUUAUGUUUAAGUUUAGACCGUACUGCCAAACAAAACCAUUGACAAAUUACAUCUACUCAGCUUCAACCAAAUUGAAAUGAAAUCAGUAUAGUAAAUACCAAGAACAUUCGAAGACUUAAAUAAUGAUGUUCUGGAUAAAUACUAAACCGACCAUCAGCUUCUGAAGAUUUAUAAAAAAUAUGGACUCUGUACAACAAUCAAAAAAAGCAGCUGGGAAUGUAGAAAAUAAUGAACAUGUUCUUGCUUUUGCCGGGGCGGCAAGUUAUGAAAGUGGACGUGAAGCUCAACAUUUUUGCGAGGAUGAGGAAUACAUUAUUGUGGAUAAAGCACAGAAUGGUUGUGAAUACACAAGACUCGAAAAAAUGGGAAAGGAGCAAACACCGCACAAAAAAUUACAAGAUAUUAGCCUUGAAUCUGAGGAAUCAAUGGAGCGGCACCCAAGUGGUGCAAAGCCAAAAACUCGAAAUAUUUUAGAUGAUAAAAAAAUAAAAAGUUGUCUGUCUGAAAAUAUUUCUCUUACUAAUAGUAACCCGCAGAUAGGCAAGUACUUAGAAGGUAGUAAGAGAUUGCAUGAUGUAGUUAAAUCAAAAGAUUGCUGUGAUCUUCGUCAAAGCAAUAUUGAUGGUCUCCAAAACAUGCCUAAAUCAGAAUAUCCACAACUAAAAUGCGUAUAUUCACGACCAAUGUUUCUAAAAUCACAGUCGUUGGAUUUGUACAAUGAGCCAAUUAGCUUCCAAAUAACACAAUCUCGCCUCUUACCAAACAUUAGUGAGAACUAUUCCAAUGAUAAUCAAAUCAGAACAGCACAAGAUUCAGAUCCUGUAUCUGAACUAACAAAGAGUAUCGACCAUUUAUUAGAUUUGAAUGGCGAAGAACUUGAUAAAUCUACAUGUGUGGUUAUGUCUUCAGCACAGCAGCCCAAUAUUUCUUUAAAUCUUCAAUCAAUUGAAACUCGACCCAUCUAUCCGAAUGUUCCAUACAGUCCGUAUGGGAGUCCUUUUGGCAGUCCUCGAUCCAAUCGACGUCGACCUCCUCUCCGCGAAUCACGGAGAAUAUCAAUAGAAAAAUCUGGAAGCUUUCUUCAAUUAAACCAAUACAAACUAAUGGACCAAAUUGGGCAGGGCUCUUAUGGACUCGUAAAAUUGGCCUACUCUGAAGAAGACUCAACCCAUUAUGCGAUGAAAAUUCUUUCAAAGAAGCGACUUUUGCGACAAGCUGGUCUAAUGCGCCGAGGUCCUAAGAAAGCAACUUCUCCGCUGGAUCGUGUGUACAGAGAAAUCGCUGUUUUAAAGAAGCUUGAUCAUCCCAACGUUGUCAAGUUAGUGGAAGUAUUAGAUGACCCGAUCGAGGACUCCUUAUAUAUGGUUUUCGAAUUGGUAAAACAAGGCGAAGUUCUUAGAAUUCCAACAGACAAUCCAUUGGCAGAAGAGCGCGUAUGGAGUAUUUUUCGAGAAACACUACUCGGAUUGGAAUAUUUACACUAUCAAAAAAUAAUCCACGCGGAUAUAAAGCCUGGAAAUUUGUUGUUAACGGAGUGUGGACACAUAAAAAUAGCAGAUCUUGGUGUCUGCAAUGAAUUUCUUGGGCAGGAUGCUGUAAUGAGCAAUGGAUCUACUGCUGGAACCCCAGCUUUCAGAGCUCCCGAGACGCUCAUCUUAGGCCAGAACGUGUACUGUGGACGAGCAUCAGAUGUCUGGGCAUUAGGUGCAACACUGUAUGCCUUAGUUUUUGGCAAUGUGCCUUUCUUAGCAGAUUCCAUUCCCUUGCUCUAUGAAAGAAUUCAACAAGACCCCUUAGUGUUUCCAAAAAAGUUAACAGUUAGUGAAAAUCUGAAAAGCUGCAUUUUGUUAAUGCUAGAAAAAGAUGCUACUCGAAGAAUAACAGUGCCAGAAUUAAAGAUAAACGAUUGGGUUACCUCCAAUGGCUCUUACCCAUUGCCCACUGAAGAAGAAAACUGUUGUCUUGUACAAGUUGAUGAAGAAGAUAUAAACUCCGUUGUCCGCAGCAUUCCAAAGUUGGACACUCUUAUAUUAAUAAAAACAAUGUUAAAAAAACAUUCAUUUGGAAAUCCAUUUAUAAAAGGGGUAUCUGGCAAGGCACUUCAACCAGGCGGCUCUCGACUAGAAAGAUUUGUACGCGCAGGACGAUCAAACUCAGCUCCGGGCUCCUACCAUAUGUCAGUAGACAGGCAACCAUCCACGGAAUCCUUACUUCCAUCUUUAACAGAACAUUCUACUAGUAAAAUUAAUGAAGAUACUUAGAUUUAUUAAAGUUAAAAAUAUUUCACUUUGUUUUUUGUCAUUAACGAGCAUAGCAUCCAAAAAGCAACACAGUUGCAGUAGAAUGUAAUUAAUGUACAUAUGUUCACACACAUGUACAUAAAUAGCUUUUAUUGAAACUGUUUUAGCUGAAAUAGGCCAUGGAAUUUUUUUUUAUCUUAAGGUUUUUAAAAAGCAAAUUAUGAAUUGAAUUUUGUUACAGUUAGUUUAUUUCUGUAUAAUAUAUAGUUUAUAUUUUGGACAGUUAGUUUAUAUUUACUUAUUUCAUGUAUUCCUUGAUAAGAUUGCUGAAGCUAUUCAUUUUGAAAUAUGUCUGGAUAUUAUACAACCAAAUAUAAGAAAUCUUACAAUUACAGCUUUCUAGAAGUUGUAAGAUCAGAAAAGAGGCACUUAUUAAGUUUUAAUGAAAUAGCAAA